ACCAAGAAAUACACUCCACCCUUAAAUAAUAAGCUCGUCUCCAGUCUCCACACAACAACACACCUUGAUUACUAGAAAGUCUAAAAGUGUAAAAAAUGGCGAACGAAGUAGUAUUGUUGGAUUUCUGGCCAAGCCCGUUUGGAAUGAGGGUUAGGAUAGCAUUAGCUGAGAAACAAGUGAAGUACGAGUAUAGAGAUGAGAAUUUGAGGGACAAAAGUGAGUUACUUCUCAAAAUGAACCCGGUUCAUAAAAAGAUUCCGGUUCUCGUUCACAAUAACAAACCGGUUUGCGAGUCUCUUAUCAUUGUUGAGUAUAUAGAUGAGGUCUGGAGUGACAAGUACCCCUUGUUACCUUCUCACCCUUAUCAAAGAGCUCAGGCUCGUUUUUGGGCUGAUUUUAUCGACAAAAAGAUGUAUACCACUGGGAGGAGUGUUUGGAGCACAAAAGGAGCAGAACAAGAGGCGGCAAUUAGAGAUUUUAUAGACCAGUUGAAACUGUUGGAGCAAGAGCUUGGCAAUAAACCUUAUUUUGGAGGGGAUAACUUUGGCUAUGUUGAUCUUACAUUCAUUCCAUACUAUAGUUGGUUUCACGCCUAUGAGACUUUGGGCAACUUUAAGAUUGAAGAGUCAUGCCCAAAGAUUAUUGAAUGGGCCAAGAGGUGCAUGGAGAGGGAAAGUGUGGCCAAGGCUCUCCCAGAUCAGAAGAAGGUUUAUGAAUUUGUUUUGGAGUUAAAGAAGAUGUAUGGCCUUUAGAUGAAUCUCAGUUUUCUGUUUUAUAUGGUGUUAAUUGAGUUGUGUUACUAAAUACUUGUAUUUAGCGUUAUUAUUGAUGGGUCUAAACAUGCGUUGGCGCAUGGACAAUAAUGUUGGUUGUGUGCAUUUGCGUAUUAUUGUAAUGAAGUUGAUAUAAAACCUUAUUUUAUCAA